AAAGUGGCCACCUCAGGAUUGAUUCUCAGCCCCAAACUAUUACAACUGAUUCCAAUGAGAAUCACAAAUCGUCAUAAUAAGCACUUUUCGGAGGAAAAAAAUCAACCGUUGUGUGAUCAACGAUCACAAAUUAAACAGCAAGUACAAAAGUUGGAGGGUCAUGUUUAAGGUAGAAACGUAAAUAGGUUUGUGUAUGUUGUCUAUCUAGGUUUAUGUGAUUUAAAUAGGCCCCACUGGACUUCUUGGAAAGCAUGAAUAAUACUAAAUUAUCCUUUGGAAAUAAAGUCAAUUGAAUGUAUUCAAGCAAUGGUUAACUGUAAUUAUGUACUGUAGUAUGUUUUAUAUAGGGGUAGUAGUAGAACAUCACAAUUACAUUUAUUCUUCAGUCAUUGUGAGUCGUUGUUGGCACUUGGCAGUACUCACUUUAGCCAGAGUAGCGCUGUAACAUAAAAAAGAUUUAAAGCUGCCGGAAAAAGGAAUAAUAACCGACGACGUCACGUAAACAUGGCUCCUGUGAAGAGUUGAGAUGAAUGUGUAACUGUUUAUUUCUGUAGAUAACAUACAUUUAAUGUACUAUUGUUCACGGCAUGGACAACAUAUAUCACCACGCUUCAUCAGAAACACCGCAGCCUCCUGCCUAUAAUGCCGGCUAUCUGGAAACACCGUACACCGCCAGCUUUAACAUACCUCCGCCGUGCAGCGCGACUCAUCAACAGACACAGCCGGACCGCACUGCUCCACUGUGGCCACCGGGACCUGGGUAUGACGGUAACCCGUACGGCUAUAGGUGCGAAUUCCCCCCGCCGUCUCCCGAAGGAGGAGUGGGUUUUGGGGGGCCUAGCAUGCCUCUUCCUUAUGGGUUCAAUCCCUCCAUUCCCCCGCCUCCUUUCGGUUGUCCACCCCCCGUACACUACCCCAACGCCCCGGUGAACACAUACAGCAGCAGGGAAGCCUCAAGCUUUCAACCAUUCACCGGUACCCAGCAGUAUGGAGCCUUUCCUCAGACUGCCCGGCACGACUCAGGUCAGAAACAGCAGCGGUUUGAGGGUUUCUCUGAGAGGGCAGCUCGGUUUCCUACGCAGGGUAAGGACCAUGACAGGACUUCGGGAGAAACAACACAGCCUGAGGAUGAAGCAGCCCUCCAGAGAAGGCAGGACCAGCAGUGGCUCGGACGGUUCUUAAAAGGAAAAGAGAGAACGUCCAGGACCCAGCGGCACCCUUCACCCCGCAGCUGUGCCCCAGCUCCAGGGCUGAAGGAGGCUCUGUGUGCGGCCGCUCAGCUCGUCUCCCGGCUGGAACUGUCUUGCGAAACCCUGAGGAACCGUGUGGAGGAAGAGAGUGUUUGGACGGACUCGUAUUUAUUGGCUUUAAAUGUGAAGAAAGAGCUACAGGACAGUCUCGAAGUCCUCAGUGACAGUGAGGGUUUAGCUAGCUGGAAAUCUAAACUGUGCCGUGUUGCUAAGAGGAGGGCCCGGCGCCUGAGAGCCAGGAGCCGGCUCCAGGUGGAGGAGAGGGAGCGGGAGCAGCUCAUCACUGAGAAGGAGGCGGCCAUAGACAAAUGGAGGAUGCAGAAGAUACACGAAGUGGAGGAGAAGAAGAAGGAGAGGGAGCUGAAGCUGGCUGCAGACUCUGUUCUCUGUGAGGUGAGGAAGAAGCAGGCAGACGUGAAGAGGAUGCAGGACAUUCUGAGAUCUCUGGAGAAACUGCGCAAGCUAAGGAAAGAGGCCGCCUCGAGGAAAGGGGUCUCCACUGAGCGAGAAUGCGACGAGGCGUUCAGCAGCAGGCUGGAGCAGCUGAGGUGUGUGAUGAAGAGGAGGACGGGCAUUUACUCCUCCGAGGAGAAAGCUCUGAUGGUGAUGCUGGAAGGAGAGCAGGAGGAGGAGAGGAGGAGGGAGCAGGAGAAGCAAGCGAAGAAGGAGAGGGAGAAGCAGCUGCAGAGGAAACGCAGAGUGGACGCCAUGUUGUUCGGGGAGGAGCUUCCUGCUGGUUGUGUCCUGCAGCCCUUCAGAGAUUACUACACCCAGGCGGAGCACUCCCUGCACGCUCUUCUGCAAAUCAGGAGGGAGUGGGAUGUUUUUGUGAUUCCAACGGAUCAUCCCGAUGGUUCUGCGGUCCCUCCCAGCUGGAUCCUGCCUGACGGCCCGUGUGACGCAGCCUGGGCCUCGGCCCUGCAGAGCGCUGAGUGAACCCUGCAGCUGCCAGGAUCAGCCCGGCAGAACACAUGUAAAUAACAUGUACAUGAGUACAGGUGUUAAUAAAGGAUUUUGAAGUGGUUUGUCUAAAUCCUUCUGUUUACUGAUGAGCUAAGGAACCAAUUAUAUGUUUUCCAUGUGAAGUGCACACUGUAUAACUGUUUGUCAGAUCAAAUUAAAGUUGACACUGAUCAUGUUUUAAA